CCGAGCAAACAUGAGGCAGCUGCCAGCCGGGCCGGGUAGUCCCAUCCGCUCGGGCUGCGAAGUGGAGACGCUGGCCACAGUUCCGUGCGGUGCCCAGGAUGCAGCGCGCAAAGGAGGUCACCAAAGCAGCAGACGGCAGCCUCUUGGGAGACCCUGGGCGCACACCGCUGAGCAGGAAGGAGGGCGUCAAGUGGCAGAGGCCACGAUUCAGCCGCCAGGCCCUGAUGCGGUGCUGCUUGGUCAAGUGGAUCCUGUCUAGCGCGGCCCCACAGGGCUCAGACAGCAGUGACAGUGAGCUGGAGCUGUCCACGGUGCGCCACCAGCCGGAAGGGCUGGACCAGCUGCAGACACAGACCAAGUUCACCAAGAAGGAGCUGCAGUCCCUCUACCGGGGCUUUAAGAACGAGUGUCCUACAGGCCUGGUGGAUGAAGACACCUUCAAGCUCAUCUACUCGCAGUUCUUCCCUCAGGGAGAUGCCACCACCUACGCACACUUCCUCUUCAACGCCUUCGACGCCGACGGGAACGGGGCCAUCCGCUUCGAGGACUUUGUGGUCGGGCUCUCCAUCCUGCUGCGAGGGACGGUCCACGAGAAGCUCAAAUGGGCUUUCAAUCUCUACGACAUUAACAAGGAUGGCUACAUCACCAAAGAGGAGAUGCUGGCCAUUAUGAAGUCCAUCUACGACAUGAUGGGCCACCACACCUACCCCAUCUUGCGGGAGGAUGCACCCCUGGAGCAUGUGGAGAGGUUCUUCCAGAAAAUGGACCGGAACCAGGACGGGGUGGUGACCAUUGAGGAAUUCUUGGAGACCUGUCAGAAGGAUGAGAACAUCAUGAACUCCAUGCAGCUGUUUGAGAACGUCAUCUAAGAUGUGCAGAGGGGCUUCAGGUGGCCACCGCCACUCCACCCCUGAGAAACCAGAACUUUUUUCUAAUAUAUUUGAAAAAAGUGAGCCGUUCACUCCUGAUACACACACACACACACACACACACACACACACACACACACACACACAGCUCCUCUGGGACAGCAGAAGGAGGUAGAGGUCAGGAGGGGUGCAGCCCCCAACAGCUGUCCCCACACCAGUGGGGCAGGAAAGCUGCCUACAGGAUGGGCAGCCCACCUGCCAAUCACUAGAUGUCACCAGGAAGGGGCUCAAGAGCCUAAAAGAGCGUCUCCAAAGCAUGGGGCCCUCCCCCUCCUUUCCCACCCAUUGGGGGCCCCAGGGUUCCUCUGGCCUCCUCCCCUGGCCACUCCCUGCCCAAGGACCUGUGUCCCCAGAGAGACCCUCACUCCAGGGCUCUGGGGCAGCCAGGAGUUGAGGGGUUCAGACUAGGACAGAGGUGGUCACAGGCCUGAGCCUGCUGCUUCCUGGGAAUCCUGUCCCCAAGGUUGGGAUACUGACCCCGGCAAGCUGGACCAGUGCCAGGCCACCCACUGUGAGGCCAGUUUGGGUGGUGGGGGCCCCUGGGUGCCAACCUUCCUCCAUCCCGGGGGAAGGGCUCCCAAGGUGGAGAUAGGGUUUCUAGGAGAAGGAUCUAAGGGGACUGUUUGCCAUCCCCCUAGGGGGGAAGCCUUUGCCCACCCCAGGUCUGGCUCGGUGGGAAUGGAAGAGGGGUGCUGCAGCCCCCAGCACCAGGCUGUUCUCCCCAGGGUCCGCUCAGUCCUGGGAGGGAGUGACAUGGCUCAGGGACCAGCAACCGUGGAGCCUGGGAGGGCUGGGCAGGGCUUCUGGUCUCUUCCCCACACCUCAUCUCCCUGGAGCUCCGUGGGGCCCUCCCACAGGAUCACCCCAACCUCUACAAAAGCACAAGCACCCUGCACUGGAGGGGAGCCAGGGUCACUCUCAAGGCCUUCCCGGGGGGAGCUGAAGGAAGCCUGGGUCCCAGAAGCCCCAACGUGGGUGGCCCCGGAGGAAGAAGUUCAGGAGUCUGUUUGGUGCCCCAGAGCCAUGGAAUCUUGAAGACCAUUCCCAGCCCCACUUACCAACGUUCAGAAGCACAAACCUGGGGGCCCUGCUUGGUGGCCCUGCCUGGAGUAUGGAGGCUCGUGGGGGGCAACAGUGAGGAACAUUCCCACACGAUACAUUCCAUCGGGCCGCCCAUGUCUGCUCAGCCAGUCCUGGUGUCCCUGGACGCUCCUGGGACACCAGCCCCAGGUGAGCAGGGCCCUCGGAGGAAAGGCAGGAUGGCCAAGGACGUGCUCGGCCCCCACACACAGGUGGGCCCCUCCGUGGAGUUGCACUGAUGCCCAUUUCCAGUCUACUGGGGCCCCCCUCCCCUCCUCCAGGGGAGUGCGUGUCAACUUCCCCUGGCUCAGGGAUCUCCUCCUGCCCCAGCCUGGCCCUCCCAGAUGGCAUCCUGUGCUUCUCAGGGGCCAGGGCCGCAGGAGACAGUCGCCACCGUGCUCCUGUCCCCCUUGUCUCCCACACUGGGCCACGACGGGCCGCAUGGCUGCAUGGCAGAAGCGCCUCUUGGGCGCAGCCUGGGAAGGCGGUCCCUGUUCUCAGCUCCCACCAAUAUUCAGUACUAUAUAUUUUAAUAAAAUAAACUUGAUAAAGGAAGGGGA